ACUGUCCAUGGAGAACGGAGCAAUCAGGUGGACAUUAUCACACUUCGCAGUGGCUUUCGCUUGGUUCGCCAGCAACACCGUUAUUUACAAUGAUGGGACCGCGCGCCCAGUCUCAAGCAGAGCCAAGCAUGACUCCGCUACAACGAUCAUCCACUACAGCAGACAGGUUGUCUACAGAGACUGUUCAGAAGAAUAACAGCAUUAAUACUGGCAUUAUUCUGGACAUUUCCACUCUCAAAAUGGCUGAUUUGGACUCUGUGGUUCCUCCUCUACCUCCACGAUACCGCUUUAGAGAUCUGCUGCUUGGGGAUCAAUCAUUUCAGAAUGAUGACAGGGUGCAGGUGGAAUUUUAUGUAAAUGAAAAUACAUUUAAGGAGAGGUUGAAGCUCUUCUUCAUCAAAAACCAAAGGUCAAGUCUCAGAAUACGCCUCUUCAACCUCUCCUUGAAGUUGUUAACAUGCCUCCUUUAUAUAAUCAGAGUCUCGUUGGAUGACCCGACAAACCAGGUUGAAUGUGUACGCAAAUCCUGUGCCAACUAUUCAACAAACCUGACUGCAGAUCCCUCACAAAUAAACUGGGAGUUAAUAUUUUGGGUAAAUAGAAGAGUUCCUGUAUGGGCAAUACAGGUGACAGUGGCCUUAAUUAGCUUCUUGCAAGCAAUGCUCCUGGUGUAUCUGAGCUACAAGGGGAACAUUUGGGAGCAGAUUUUCCAAAUCUCCUUUAUCAUUGAGAUGAUCAAUACAGUGCCAUUCAUUAUUACAAUAUUCUGGCCUUCACUGAGGAACAUAUUUGUUCCUGUGUUCCUUAACUGUUGGCUUGCUAAAUCAGCACUGGAAAACAUGAUUAAUGAUCUCCAUCGUGCCAUUCAGCGUACACACUCCGCCAUGUUCAACCAGGUCCUCAUUCUGAUCUGUACUCUGCUCUGUCUGGUCUUCACUGGGGCUUGUGGGAUUCAGCACCUUGAGCGGGCAGGGAAGAUUCUCUCCCUUUUUGACUCUUUGUAUUUCUGCAUCGUCACCUUCUCAACUGUUGGUUAUGGAGACGUCACACCCAGAAUCUGGCCUUCUAAGCUACUGGUGGUCAUCAUGAUCUGUGUAGCACUAGUGGUGCUGCCAUUACAGUUUGAAGAGUUGGCAUACCUUUGGAUGGAGAGGCAAAAGUCAGGUGGAAACUACAGCAGACACCGUGCUCAGACAGAGAAACAUGUGGUUCUCUGUGUCACUUCUCUCAAAAUAGACCUGCUCAUGGACUUUCUCAAUGAGUUUUAUGCCCACCCAAGACUACAGGAUUAUUAUGUGGUAAUACUCUGUCCCACGGAGAUGGACAUUCAGGUGCGCCGUAUACUGCAGAUCCCUCUGUGGUCUCAAAGGGUGAUCUACCUUCAAGGCUCUGCACUGAAGGACCAAGACCUGAUGAGGGCCAAGAUGGAUGAUGCAGAGGCAUGUUUUAUCCUCAGCAGUAGAAAUGAAGUGGACCGCACUGCAGCUGAUCAUCAAACUAUUUUAAGAGCAUGGGCUGUAAAGGACUUUGCCCCAAACUGCCCUCUUUACGUCCAGAUUCUCAAACCCGAGAACAAAUUUCAUGUUAAAUUUGCAGAUCAUGUGGUGUGUGAAGAGGAGUUCAAGUAUGCCAUGCUGGCACUGAACUGUGUGUGUCCAGCCACCUCUACACUGGUCACCCUUCUGGUUCACACGUCUCGUGGACAGGAGGGACAGACUUCUCCAGAACAGUGGCAGAGAAUUUAUGGCCGUUGCUCUGGGAAUGAAGUUUAUCACAUAUGUUUGAUGGACAGCAAGUUUUUUGGCGAAUAUGAUGGGAAGAGCUUCACUUACGCUUCCUUUCAUGCACAUAAAAAAUAUGGUGUCUGCUUAAUCGGCACAAAGAGAGAAGGCAAUAAGAGCAUCCUUCUGAACCCUGGUCCACGUCACAUCAUGGCUGCCACAGACACCUGUUACUACAUCAACAUCACUAAGGAGGAGAACUCUGCCUUCAUCUUCAAACAGGAGGAGAAGCACAGCAAAGGACUGUCGGUUGCCGGCGUGUAUGAUGCCCCCUCUCGUCUGCCAGUGCAGAGCAUCAUCGCAAGCAUGGGAACUGUGGCCAUAGACCUGCAGAAUCCAGGUCCUCCAGUGGACAACAGUAAGCUGGCACUGCCCGCAGAGAAUGGAGCGGGCAGUCGCAGACCCAGCAUUGCUCCUGUUCUGGAGAUUGCAGACUCCUCUGCUGUCCUGCCUUGUGACCUUAUUAGUGACCCCUCUGAAGAUGAGACCAACCAAUCAGAUGAGGAGGGAGCACCUGCUUUAGAGUCCAUUAAAGGCUAUCCUCCUAACUCUCCUUAUAUUGGAAGCUCCCCAACACUUUGUCACCUUUUACAACAAAAGGCGCCAUUUUGUUGCCUGCGACUUGACAAGGGUUGUCACCAUAAUAGUUUUGAAGAUGCCAAGGCAUAUGGCUUCAAGAACAAGUUGAUCAUUGUUUCUGCUGAGACAGCGGGGAAUGGCUUGUACAACUUCAUAGUGCCACUGCGUGCCUAUUACCGACCCAGGAAAGAACUGAAUCCCAUUGUGCUGCUGUUGGAUAAUCCGCCUGAUAAUCAUUUUCUAGAGGCCAUUUGCUGUUUCCCUAUGGUGUACUACAUGGCUGGUACCAUAGACAAUUUGGAUAACCUGCUUCAGUGUGGGAUUAUCUAUGCUGAUAACCUAGUAGUUGUGGAUAAGGAGAGCACUAUGAGUGCAGAGGAAGACUACAUGGCAGAUGCUAAAACCAUAGUCAACGUGCAGACAAUGUUCAGGUUGUUCCCUAGUCUCAGCAUAAUCACUGAGCUUACCCAUCCUUCUAAUAUGAGAUUCAUGCAGUUUCGUGCCAAAGACUGCUACUCCCUGGCUCUCUCCAAGCUUGAAAAGAUAGAGAGAGAUAAGGGCUCUAAUCUGGCAUUCAUGUUCCGGCUCCCAUUUGCUGCAGGCAGAGUAUUCAGUAUUAGUAUGCUGGAUACACUCCUUUACCAGUCUUUUGUGAAGGACUACAUGAUUCUCAUUGCAAGACUCUUGCUAGGUCUAGACACCACCCCAGGUUCUGGCUACCUCUGUGCUAUGAAGGUUACAGAAGAGGACUUAUGGAUCCGGACAUACGGAAGACUAUUCCAGAAACUGUGCUCAUCCAGUGCAGAAAUUCCCAUUGGGAUAUACCACACUGAAUCUCACAUGUUCUCCUCCUCAGAGUCUAAGGAGGUUUGCCAACAGUCUCAGGUGUCUAUGGAGGACUGUGAGGACACACGCGACAGAAGGGAAUCCUGGAAUGAGAAAAUUGCCCACAGAAACUCCACUGGGAGCGACCAAUCAAAGCACCUGCUCCUGCGUAAGAAAAGCAUGCAAUGGGCAAGACGACUGAGCAUGAGAAACACUAAACCGCCUAGUCGAGCUGAAUGCAUCAAUCAGCAGCGACUGAACCUGUACAGGCGCUCUGAGAGGCAGGAGCUGUCCGAGCUGGUGAAGAACCGCAUGAAGCACCUGGGGCUGCCCACUGUAGGAUACGAGGACGUAGCUAAUUUAACAGCAAGUGAUGUGAUGAACCGAGUAAAUCUAGGAUAUUUGCAAGAUGAAAUGAAUGAUAAUCAGAACACAUUGUCAUAUGUGCUGAUAAACCCUCCUCCGGAUACUGUUCUGGAGCUCAAUGAUAUUGUCUACAUAAUUCGCUCAGACCCACUGGCACAUGUUCCUGAGAAUCUCCCAGGUGCCCCGGCUGGAGCUAAGCUACGGCAGGACUAUGGAUCUGAGACAAGGGAUGAGACCCAUCUGUAAGAACUAGAUGAUCUCUCGUCGCCCUCCCCCCUCCUCCACCUCGAGCUGCUACAGCGCCACAGUCUGCAUGAAGGGUGCCAGGACAAACAGCUAACCAAACACAGACAUGGCCCAUGUGCCAACACAAGCUGCUCUACCGAGCCUAAAGGCCAUAGCUGUACCACUGAAACACUCACAGAUUCUUCUUUUUGUACAACACAAACAGAGAAUCUAGGAAUACAUUUCAGACUUCUCUGAAUGUGGCUGGUUAUUACAUUUUUGUAUUUAAGACUUGGCUUUGAGACUUAAAGCUUUCAGUGCGAGUGUGAAGCAUAAUAUUGAAUCACUAUGGACCAAACAUGCCGUCCAAGCACUUUGCGCUUAUAUUGCGGUAUAUAUCACAGAACAUCAUGUAAAGCAGUAUUCAAGUGGGCAGCUAAAGAAAGAUGGGAAGUAAACAACAAUUAAUGUCGUGCGAGGCUGGAUAGUGCCCUGUGAUAAAUAUUGAAAAAAGUGUUUUUGAACAGAAUUGGUUUACAUCAGUGCUAUAUUGUUCUGUGUAUAUAUAGCACAAAAAUUAGUACAUAUUAAUACAUAAGUGUACAUAUACAUAAAUUAGCCAGAUAUUAUGCUUAGUGACCUCUAAGUAUUCACUGAUUUUUGUUGUUAUUUUGUCCUUAAAACACAAAGUGUUUUAUGUUUGAUUUAUUAAUUGCUGAUCCCUAAUUGCAAGGUUUUACAUGUAAACACUUUAUUGAUUUUUUUUUUAUGUAAAUCACUGUCUGUUUAAAAUCACAAGUGUGAUUCAAACUGUUCAAAGUUUACAUAGUGCACCUAGAUCAAGUCCUUUGCCAUACAAUUUUAUAUUUAUAGCAAAAAAAUAAAUAAUAGAACAAAUAUUCUACAGCAAACAUAUCAUCCUUUUGAAAUUACUGUUUGUUAAUACGAGUAAAUCAGAAGUAUUUUAUGGAUCUUGUGUAGGUAUUAUUGGAGAGCUGCCAAAUGGUAUUAGCUCACACAAAAUCAGCAUUGGGACAGAUUUGUUCUGAAACAUAAUUUAUACAAUAGAAGAUAUUAAUAUACAUUUUAUACGUAACUAUUAUUAUCCAUUAUUUUUCAUUGACAUCUUGCCUAAUUGGUUUCCAAAUAUGUUUGUAUUUGUUUUCUCUUUCUUAUACACUCUAUCUUAAAACAGUGCUUA